AUGCCAACGGCGCCGGGUCCCUCGCCUCAAGCUCUUCGAACUCGGCCUUCAAUGAAGCUCCGACCUCGCCGGGGCUUUUUGCGCAUGAAUGCGGGUCUGAAACGUGUUUGCGUCGAUCCAAAACAUUUAGCCAAUCUCAUUCGAAGAAAGUGUGGCUGCCAGUCAGACUGCUAUGCGUCCUUCCGGAGCCAUUCCACUUGGGCAGAGUGGAUGAAAAUUCGGAAGAUGAUGGCCAACAUGAGCAAGCUAGAGAAAGAUGACUAUGUCUUCAAGCUCUUACGAGAUCAAUCUCAAGUGUCCCAAAGAGGUGAGCGACAUCUUCAGUUGCUUGGACACAAAGUGUGCAACCGAGCCUGGAUGUCUUUGUUGGGCGUGGGCAAAGGCCGGUUUCGAACCUUGGCCUUGCCACAACUUGGAGGAGCAGUUGGCCGUUCAGCCUGGCCAGCAGUGCCGGGGAGGUGCUUGGAAGUCGUGAUGGUGAAACGCAAGUCCAAUGGCAGCGAGCCUGCCGCAGCGCAGCCGAAAGCCACGAAGAAGGGAAGCACCCCCAGUCUUCCUGCUGAUGCUUUGCAGCUUCCUCACAUCAGACUGUUUGAUCAGUGGGCGACCUACAGUUCUGAAGCUGAUCUGCACAAGGAAGGAGCUUCCUUGUUUCUGCGGCCGUACCAGCUACCGCACCGAAUCGACUAUGGAUUGCGGGGCACCAGCGACGGGCGGCUUUUCUUAGUGAAGGGUUUUAACCGCUCAAUUGCCGCCCUGGGCAUCCUGUGGGCUUGCUACAAAGAGCCAGCAUUGCUGGAGGAGAGACAAACCCCUUUGGCUCAAUCAUAUUGGAUUGCUCACCCACACCUCCUCUCGGUGCACACGCAGCCGAAGUUUGUGAACCACGACGGCCUGGCGGAGGGGUUGCUGAAUCAUGGACAUUGCAGCGCCAGUGGAUUUCUACUGCCGUGGAAGCAGCAUCUCACCAACAGCCAUGGCCUUUUGAACCUCAUGAUUCAUCGCGUAGAGAUGGAUUGGGUGGCGACCACGCCCAAAAUGCGGAAGCCAUGGAACAUCAAGGACUUGACUCAACUUCAACGAGUAUGCGGUGGAUUCCUGGCGUGCUUGGAGCACUACCGGACCUUGGUACCUUUGAAGUUUCACGAUACUUCCUUGGUUGAGAUCCACAAAGCGUUUGAGAUGCGCCACGCCGACGCGGACAUCCUCCAGCUCCUGGAGCAAACAGUACCACCCGCUGACGUGACCCGAGUGGGAAUCUUUGCGCAGCCCUUGGCGCAAUACAGCAAGGAGGCCAGCCUGGACUACAAGCACAUCAACGAUCGCUACCACAAGGGCAAAUGUGCCAUUGAGUCCUUUAUGGCCCAGAAGCACCAAUUUUUGCGAUUGCCAUCCUUGACGCUGGCACAUGGGCAAAUUGUUCAGACCCAGGCCAACAUGGGAUCGUCUGCGCUCACAAUCCUGGUGGGUGAUUUCACACUGUGGCCUUCCAGACCGUUGGCAGUUGAUGAAGCAGUCACUCUUGGCCAAAGCGUUGGAACAGGAAACCCCAACACGCUCAGCUUGGCUGGGGUCUCUGGCAGCCACCACACCAUUGCCUUCAUGAAGUCCAAGUCCUUGUUGGGCACAAUUUCCGGAGUGGAGAGGAGCCGUGUCAGUGAGCUUCAGAAUCCUGACCCGGAUAAGCAGCUAGCGCCACACUGGCGGGUGCAGCAGAGAGGGAUCAGUGCGACCAAAGAUGUGUUGCUCAAAAUCCUCGACGGCAUGAACGAAUGCGACAAGCAAAAAGGUCCUAGUGGUGGACAUGAACCCCUCAAGGUUCUGCGAGUGGUCGCAGGCAGCAUGGGAGCUGCAGCGGGCCUUCUUACUUGGUGA